AUGCAGAUCAUUCUUCCUCUUCUUGCCGGUGCUGGCCUUGCUAGCGCUAGCCUGCUCAAUGGACGCUCCGCGAACGUCAAGAGAGAUAGCUGGGGUGGAAGCGUGUCGCUCGGUCCGACCAAGUCCACUAUCAUCAACGCCGUGACCACUAUUAUCCCCGGUGCAGCCCCUGCUACCCAAAAUGGAGAGUUAUUCCUAUGGCCUGGCAUGUCCAACGGUACUGGUGACCUGAUUCAGACGACCCUGGAAAGCUGGUCUAGCAACGCGUGGUGCGGUGCGACCACUGGCCAGUGGUGUGUCCGUGCCAGUGUGUUCGGAUCUUUUGGUCAACUCGACGGUGAUGGAAGCCCCGUCAGUGGAACGGAUCAGGUGCGGAUUGAGUACAACCUUGAGAGCGAUGCGGAGACCUGGAACCAAACUGUGACCAAUGUUGAGACUGGAGUGCUGCUGUCUACAUACGCAAUUGCCGCCGGACCAUACAUGACUGGAUACGGGACUGGAACUGAAUGCGAUGAUGACUGCACCGGUACUAUCGCUGCCCAGAAGUACAUCAACACCACCAUCACUCUCAAGUCUGCCGACACUACCUUCGGAGAAACCAUUGCGACUGCUGCUGGUGCCACUUACACUGGCUUAGCCUCAAGCCAGGGUGGCAAGGUCUGGACCAUUGAGACCAUGAACAUCCCUGCUAUGUAG